GCGCCUUCGCUCUUAACGCCCGCCAUUUUGUGUGAGGCCCUCUAUUCUAAAGCGGGAGAAAUUUAUCAGGCCUGCGCACAGCUUUUUCGCACGUCCACGGAGGAUUGAAGCGAUUGGCCGCACUCGACAGGCACUGAACUUAAUAUAACCAUAAAAGAGGCACUCUGCGAGUGUUGACUGGCCCGUUACCAUGGAGGGCGAUGUCGUUUCCAUGGAGACCGCCCUGGCUCCCGAAGAGGGGGUACUACCAGAAGCAGGGGAUGCUGUGAUCCAGGGGUCAGCGGAAGCCCCACAAGCAGUGGAAGUUCCGGGCAACAUGGAGAUGAUGGUGAUGGAUGCCCUGGAUCCGGCCCUGCUGCAAAUGAAGACAGAGGUGUUGGAGGGAGGGGGCACAGUUACUGUAACUGGUGGAGAUGAGGGUCAGAUCAUCACCCUUCAGGUUGUAAAUAUGGAAGAACAGGCUGGCGCUGCUUUAGGGCUUGGACAGCUUCAGCUGGUGCAGGUCCCAGUCACUUCAACUACAGUGGAUGGCCUCCAGGCAACCUAUGUAGAUGGAUCAGCUAAUAAGGAUGCAGAGCCAGUUAUCUGUCACACCCUGCCCUUACCUGAAGGCUUCCAGGUGGUGAAAGUGGGGGCCAAUGGUGAAGUGGAAACUGUAGAACAAGAGGAGCUUCAGGCAGUCCAUGAUGAGCUACAAGGAACCGGGGGGGAGGAGGAACCGGAGGAUGCCGACGUGGCUGAUCAGGAACCUCCAGAGUCUCAAUCGGCAUGGCAAAAGGACCCCGACUUCCAGCCUAUUACAACUAUCCGAAAGGGAAAGAAGGGGAAAAAGAGCCGCCUGCGCUAUGCGGAGGGUGACAGAGACAUGGAUGUUUCAGUGUAUGACUUUGAAGAAGAGCAACAGGAGGGGCUGCUGUCAGAGGUCAAUGCAGAGAAGGUUGUUGGAAACAUGAAGCCCCCCAAGCCCACUAAGAUCAAGAAGAAAGGUGUAAAGAAGACCUUCCAGUGUGAACUGUGUAGCUACACGUGUCCACGACGCUCCAACCUGGACAGACAUAUGAAAAGCCACACAGAUGAAAGACCGCACAAAUGUCACUUGUGCGGAAGGGCCUUUAGAACGGUCACACUGCUGAGAAACCACCUCAACACUCACACAGGCACCCGACCACACAAAUGCACAGACUGUGACAUGGCCUUUGUGACUAGUGGAGAAUUGGUGCGUCAUCGUCGUUACAAGCACACGCACGAGAAGCCCUUCAAGUGCUCAAUGUGCGACUACUGCAGUGUGGAGGUGAGCAAGUUGAAGAGGCACAUCCGGUCUCACACUGGGGAGCGGCCCUUCCAGUGCAGUCUAUGCAGCUAUGCUAGCAGGGACACAUACAAGCUGAAAAGACACAUGAGGACACACUCAGGCGAGAAGCCGUACGAGUGCUACAUCUGCCACGCUCGUUUCACCCAGAGCGGCACCAUGAAGAUGCACAUUCUGCAGAAACACACAGAGAAUGUGGCAAAGUUCCAUUGUCCACAUUGUGACACCGUCAUCGCACGCAAGAGCGACCUUGGCGUUCACUUACGAAAGCAGCAUUCAUUUAUUGAGAAGGGAAAGAAGUGUCGUUACUGUGAUGCUGUUUUCCACGAGCGAUACGCUCUCAUCCAGCACCAGAAGACUCACAAGAAUGAGAAACGUUUCAAGUGCGACCAGUGUGACUACUGCUGCAAACAGGAGCGGCACAUGAUCAUGCAUAAGCGUACGCACACUGGGGAGAAGCCUUUUGCCUGUAGUCAGUGCGAGAAGACCUUCAGACAGAAGCAGCUUCUGGAUAUGCAUUUCAAACGCUACCAUGACCCCAACUUUGUGCCCACUGCCUUCGUCUGCAGCAAGUGUAGCAAGACAUUCACCCGCAGGAACACCAUGUUGCGCCACAGCGAGAACUGCAUUGGUGAAGUUGCCGGAGACCAAAACGGAACUCAGCCCAAAAAGAAUCGCCGGGGCAGGAAGCGGAAGAUGCAAGACAGGCAUGAUGAUGAUGAGGACACAGAACCUGAUAUGGAUGAGAUUGAAGAUGAUGAGGACUUGUUGGAUGAUAUCGAAUUGGAACAGGCUCCGCCAGUGGUUCCCGUUGCCGCGCCCGAAGAGCCACCAGUCAAGAGGAAGCGUGGGCGCCCCCCAAAGAACAAGCCAAACGUGGCCGCCAUCAUCCGUGUGGAGGACGAGACCACCAGAGAGGUGGAUGACAUCAUCGUGAAAAAGGAAGUGGGCGCCGAGCAAGAUGAAAAUGAAGAGGAGGGGGCCACACAGGAAGUGGUCGUCGGCGAAGGUGACUCCACUAUCCAGCUGGAAGAGCUGUCCCAGGAGGAACAGGAGAUGCAGCUGUCGGAGGCCCCGCCAAACGGAGACCUCACCCCCGAGAUGAUACUCAGCAUGAUGGACCGGUGAUGGACGCAAGGCGUGAACCUGUAAAACACACACGCAGAUCCCUCCCCCUUCACAGCAACAUCUAAUUCAUGGCAUUUAGGGUUACAAACACUUUACGCAUCCUUCAUAGACAAAAGAUCGCUGUUGUAAUUUAAGGCUUGCUUUUUAAUCUUACAUUGACAUGGAGGAGUGAUAAAGACUUUUAAUACGGAUUUAUUGCCCCCUGCCCAAAAAAAAACUUUUAUUUUGAAAUUUUCUGUCCAGGGCUGGCUGUAAUUGGCCAGUAUCUCAAGCCUUCUCAUUGUUGUCCUUGAUGUUUAGAGCAUUUGUAGGAAAUAGGUACAUCACAAUUUAAUAAAUCUACUCUGGCAACACUAUCAAAGAUUUCUUUCCCCUGAAUUCAGAUGUGCAUGUAUCUAUCCAAAGGAUCAAGGUGCAUAGUCCUCUUUUGAGACACUUAAGCCCAAUUUUUAUCUCUUGUGUAUUUUAUUAUUACUAUUUUUUUUAAGUUGGUACAUACUCUAUCGUUGGGAAGGAUCAAUCACGUCGUGUGAACAUUGUAAGUACAUAAAUCACCCCAGUUAUGGAUCGUUCUGCACUUUUUCAAUUCUUGUUCAAUGUCCUUGCUGAAGAGCCUCUCUCAGUUGGGAAGACUGCUCCCCAAAAGCCAUCUUUUGAAUCGGCUUUUCAGUUUCAUUUAAGCCUGCCAUUAGCCCCUGGAGAUAAAAUAUUACUGUCUGCAGACCAGAAAAUGUUAUUGUUGGUAAUUACAGCCAAAAAAUUAUUUUGAAUAUUUUUUUAAUUGUAUUUUUUUUGUUUCUUUGCUGUGGUUAGUAAAACCCUAUUUUAACACCUAUUCUAGUUUAUCAAAGCUUCUAGAAUGCUUACUUUAUAUCUUCCCUUGCUACUGUAACAUCCCUAGAUUAUGCAUAAUGUACAAAACAUCAUUUAUGUGCAAAGAAAAGGUUUGGGUUGUUUUGCUCCUUUGUGUAGCCAUUCCACUUGAGUUCAUGAUUUCUUUUUUGUACCGAUUGCAAUACUUUCUGGGCAGUGUGAUGUUGAAAAUGACAGGCAGUUGAGAACAGAUGUAUGAUGGUACAACCAAUAAAAAGUAGACAUGGA